CACAAGAGAAGGUGCUAUUGCUUUGUUCCCUUUCUUGAAACUCUUAACAGGAUGUCCUUUCUCCCAACUCCCAACCAGGUGAUGGAGAAGUCAGUCAGAAUUUGGAUGAGCCAUCAGAGAUUUCAUUAGGAAUGAAGAAAGCAUAUAAAUAUGUGUAAUGUACAAUGUGAUUCAGUCUGUGAGCACAGUGAGUUCACAACAAUGAACUGAAAACAGUGGAGACGCCAUUUAAAGGCAUGGAUUGUGGAAAGGACUUCCAUGGUAGUGGAAUUCCUUCAAAACAUCAAGGAACUCACACAGGGGAGAAACCAUUUAAAUGUAUGGAGUGUGGAAAGAGCUUCAGCGAUAGCAGAACGCUAAGAGACCAUCAGCGAACUCACACAGGAGAGAAACCAUUUAAAUGCAUGGAGUGUGGAAAGAGCUUCCUUAUGAGUAAACACCUUAAUACACACCACAGAACUCACACCGGGGAGAAACCAUUUAGUUGUAUGGAGUGCGGAAAGACCUUCAGUCAGAGUGGAAAUUUUAAGAGACAUCAGCGAACUCACACUGGGGAGAAGCCAUUUAAAUGCAUAGAAUGUGGAAAGUGCUUCAUUGAUAGUAGAAACCUUACAGACCAUCAACGAACUCACACAGAAGAGAAGCCAUUUAAAUGCAUGGUGUGUGAAAAGAGCUUCACUUGUAGUGGAAACCUUAGAAGACAUAAGCGAAUUCACACAGGUGUGAAAUCAUUUAAAUGUAUGGCGUGUGGAAAGACUUUCCGUGAAAAGGCAAAACUUGCCAUACAUCUACGAACUCACACAGGGGAAAAACCAUUUGAAUGCAUGGAGUGUGGAACAUGCUUCCGUCAUAGACAUUCGCUAAGACUGCAUCAAUAUACUCAUACAGGAGAUAAACUAUAUAAAUGUUUUGAGUGUGGUAAAUGCUACAGACAGAAAGAAUCGCUGAAAAUGCAUCAAUAUACUCAUACAGGAGAUAAACCAUAUAAAUGUUUUGAGUGUGGAAAAUGCUUCAGUCAGAGUGGAAGCCUUAAUGUACAUCUACAAACUCACACAGGGGAGAAACCUUUUAAAUGCAUGGAGUGUGGAAAGUGCUUCAGUCAGAGUGGAAGCCUUAAUGUACAUCUAGAAAUUCACACAAGGGAGAAAACUUUUAAAUGCAUGGAUUGUGGUAAGAGCUUCAGUAGAAGUGGAACGCUUAGAAGACAUCAGCAAACUCACACGGGAAAAACAAUUUAAAUGUAUGUUUGUUUGCAGAAUAAAUCCAGGCAAAUCUGGAGGAUAUCCACCAUUUGGACUGCAUUUGUUCCAGUUGGGUUUCAGGCCCUGCCAUCGGACUGAAACCACCUUGUUGGCACUGGUUGAUUAUCUCUGGGUGAGGGACAGAGGUAAAAGCUGUUUCCUGGUUCUGCUGCAUCUCUCUGUGGCUUUUAAUGCCAUUGACCAU